GCUGCUGCUGGUGAGAGGAGCGUAAGCACACAAAGCUUUCUCCGGAGAUUCCAGCGGCUUUAAAGCUGUGCAAAGCGCAGUAAACACCGACCUCAUCUCUCAGCUGUCACAAUUGCCUUAUCUGUAGCAUGCCUGUGUUCUCCUCUAAUGAAAGCAGAGCUGCCCGACCUAACAAGGAGUGACUUGAAAGUGCGCAGAGAGACAACUCCAAGUGAAUAUGUGCAAAUGGGUCUCGUCGCAAUGGGAUUCAAGUUGAAGUCACCCUGAUUCACCCCGUUGUGAAGGUAACCGGGAACUUGAAAAGGCGUUUUCUGACCGCCGGGAUGUUGUGAACGACACGCCGCCUGGGACAGAAGGAAGAGGGGAACCAGGGCUGGACGAGCACCGGAGGGAUUAUGGCUUUCGCAACGUUUUCUCUCAGCCUCUUCACGCUGGUGCUUACUAACUUGCACCUGUCGAGAGCCAACGACCGGCAUGCGGUGUACUGGAACAGCUCAAACCUCCUGCUGCGAAAGGAGGGAUUCACGGUGCAGGUGAGCGUCAACGACUACCUGGACAUCUACUGCCCGCACUACAACACCAGCCAGCGCGGCACGUUGGAGCGCAGCAUGGCAGAGCAGUACAUCCUCUACAUGGUCAAUUACCGUGGCUACCGCACCUGCGACCCCCAGCUGGGCUUCAAGCGCUGGGAGUGCAACCGGCCUCACGCGCCCCACGCUCCCAUCAAGUUCUCCGAGAAGUUCCAGCGCUACAGCGCCUUCUCGCUGGGCUACGAGUUCAAUGUGGGCCAGGAGUACUACUACAUCUCCACGCCCACCCACCACCACGGCCACAGCUGCCUGAGAAUGAGGGUCUACGUCUGCUGCUCCACCGUUUCCCAGGCAGAUGAUGACUCCAGUCAGACCUCUCCCGACUACACAGUCAGGCCAAACAUCAAAAUACACAACAUUGAUGAAUUUAACCCUGAAGUUCCCAAACUGGAGAAAAGCGUCAGUGGCAGCAGCCCAUCACGUGACCGCCUUAUUCUCACCGUGGCGAUGCUGCUCCUGUCUGCCGUCCUGUUGUCCUAGCGACGUGUCACCGUGAGUGACACUUGAUGCAUAGCUGGGACCGCCUUGUCCGAAGGGCUUUGUAUCCACCCAGUUGUGAACGUUGGCAGAAACACAGAGGAGGACAAAGUAGAGGAGCAACAGAACCACAAACAAAAGGACGAAGGAAAAAUUCUUGAGUAAACUUCACUAGACUUU